UAAUUUAAAGUAAAUUUUACGUAACUUAUUAUAACUUAAUUUUAACGUAAAUUAAUGUGUAAAUUGGUUAAUUUUGAUGGAUUUAAGUCCCCACACCUACACAUUAGAAAACAACAUCACAUCAAUUUUUUAACACUAAAAUUAACUCCUACACAAUCAAUCAAUUCACACAUCACAAUUAACUUAUUCAUACACUUAAUUUUUCCAUCACAAUUUUUAUCUUUUAUCGUAACUUUUAUCACAAUUUUUAUUGUAAUUUUAAAUUUGUAUUGUAAUUUGAAUUCUUAAGUUUAGCCUGGAUAAUUGUUAAAAAUGUGUGUUUGGGAGUGUUAGACGAUGGAAUUGGGCGGGGGAUUCAUAUCAAAUUUAAAGGCCAAUAACUUCCUAGGCUUCAUAGACCUCAAAUACGGCGUUGUGAUAGUGUCUUUGACGCAGUUAUUGUUUGGUGUGGGUCUUUAUUGCACGCUUCAUUAUUUACACCCGAGCCUCAUCGGGGUCGCCUGGUUCCUACUACUCCUACACUUCAUCACAGGAUCCCUAGGAUUGAUCUCGACGUUGACUCGGAACUUUGUAUUAUAUUUGAUGUAUUUGAUAUUGUUUGUGUUUUCGUUAGUUGUGGUCUCAAUGGUCGCACUCGACAUGGCAGAACUCGUACACUUCUUCCCCAAAGCACCCGAAUUACACAACUUGACGUUAUUGGGGUUGACGGGGCCGUUUGUGACAAGAUUUAAGGUCCCAAAUGCGUCAGUGUUGUUUCCAUUCAACUUUUUCAAACUUCCCAACGAUACCACUGGCGUUUUACCUCAAUUACAACACCCAGACACCUUAAUUCAUCCAGACACCUUACUUCAUCCUCACAGUUUAGUACAUCCCGACAGUUUAGCAAAUCCUGAGAGUUUGGUAAACCCAGACACUUUGGUGGUAACUAAAUUCACCGUGACGAACAUUGACCAACACGAUCACAAACAUUGCAAUAAACUUAAUACUAAAAUUGGUGAUGAUAGAUUUGAUGAUGAUUUGAGUGGCGUAUUGGAUAACUUUGACGACGCUGAUGAUUUAAAUAGUUUAAGAAAUGCCCUCAAACAAAGGCUUCAAAAUAAGAACUCGGGUGAUACUACUGGUGAUACUACUGGUGAUACUACUGGUAAUACUGACGGUACGGCUAAUUACAACGCCUAUGAUAAUCCUGACGGUAAAGUUGCUGCUAAGGAUGUCAACUCCGGUAACACCGCUAAUAGUGUUAAUAACACUCCCAAUAGUGUAGAUAACACCGCUAAUAGUAGUGAUAACACUUCUAAUAGUGUUAAUAAUAAGAAAUCGGGAGAUGAUAGUUUUUAUGAUCAUUUGCCGUUUAUGCCGCAUCCGGGUGAGACUGAGGGUGAGUCUGAGGAAGUAUCGAAGGAUGAAUUCCCGCCUGAAACCAACGACUUAACACCCGAAGGGAAAUCCGAAGUCGUCGUACUAUACAAAUUACAAAAACGAUCGUUUAAGUUUGCGGCGUCUGCGGUGAUAUCGUUGUUUGUGAUGUUUUAUGUGUAUUCAUUUUGGGUUGCGCUGUCGUUUGGCGUCAGCAAGUGCUCAACCAUGCAUGAAUUCUCCGUACAACCCGAUCAAUUCCCACCAUUAAUCGAUUAAUCUCUCACACUACACA